UUUGAAAUUUUUCUUUAGAAAAGUUAAUUUAUAUACAGUCUUGUAAUUUGAUUGUAUAACCAAAUGGACUUAAUUAUUGAAACUCUUGCGGAUAUCAAUGAUAUCGAAGAUAUCAGAGACCUUUGGGAAGAGGUCUGCGACUAUUGUAACUCAUGUCAGAGAAAAUCAAGUAAUUUAGUGAUCGGUAUUCCCAAAGUUGGAGAUACUGUUCUCUGGCAUCAAAUACUCACCAAAGAGUCCAAUUGUUUUAGUAAAACCAAAGCGUGGAUUCAAUAUCCGCCCAAAGGAUCGGUCAAUUGUCAACAUAACAUCAUUACUGGUAUCGCUGUACUUGAUAUAAAUAAUGACGGAAACGGUGGUAAUGCAGAUAUCAUUGAUGGUGGCAUUGGUCGCAACUUUGCUCGGAUUAAACUCAGGUCAAAGUUCAGAAAAGGCUUAAGUUUUCAGGUUAUUAUUAUUGGA